AUGAGAUCUCCUGUAGAGAAAUCAUGUUGCCUUGUCUUCUUAUUCCUGCUUGUAUCUCAACACUCUGUUUGGGCUACCAAAACAUUGAACCCACAAAAACCAUGCAAACGAUUCAUGCUCUACUACCAUGACUUCCUCUUCGGUGGCGAUGACAUGGCUAACGCCACAUCUGCCGCAGCUACCAAUAUGACUAAGCUAGGGAACUUCAACUUUGGGAUGCUUGUGGUAUUCGAUGAUCCCAUGACAAAAGACCAGCGCCUCCUUUCCCAUCCUGUUGCAAGAGCACAGGGUUUCUAUUUCUACGACAUGAAAACCGACUACAAUGCUUGGUUUGCUUACACUUUGAUCUUCAACUCAAGUCAUCACAAGGGAACUCUAAACAUUAUGGGUGCGGAUAUGAUGAUGGAGAAGACUAGAGAUCUGUCAGUUGUUGGGGGAAGAGGAGAUUUCUUCAUGGCUAGAGGCAUUGCUACCUUUAAGACUGACACUAUGCAGGGUGACAAAUACUUUCGCCUUAAGAAGGAUAUUAAGUUGUAUGAAUGCCAUUAA